CAGGCUUUGCCCUGGGGAGAGCGUUGCAUUUAUUGCACGGGGCGGGGGGAGGUGCUUUGGGGUACCAGCCCCCCCUCGUCACCCUUGGGGCAUGGGGUGGGCACAGCGUGUGCUGCAGGUCUCCUCGCACCCGAUGGGGUCCCGCCGUCCCAUGCAGAGGGGCAAUAUCUGGGUGGGAGCCGUGUGCGGGGUGGAGGCAGCCGGGGGCCGCGGGCUGGCCGACCCCUGCCCAACCUCCCGGCGCCGGUGCCGCCGCAGGCUGGUGGAGGCCCUGCUGGAGCGGGGGGCCGAUCCCAACCUCGUCCUCCCAGAGGGGGUCACCGCUGUCCACCUGGCCGCCAGCAAGGAGCGGGAGGGUGGCGUGCGCUGCUUGGGGCUGAUCCUGCACCACGGCGGGGACCCCAAUGCCAGGGCCGCCGAGGGGCUCACGCCGCUGCACGUCGCCGCGUCCUGGGGAUGCAGCCGGGGCCUCGAGCUCCUGCUGAAGGAAGGAGGAGACCCGGAGCUGCGUGACCAGGAGGGAAAGCGAGCCAUCGACCUGGCGCUGGAGCAGGGCAACCGCGCGUGCGUGCAGGUGCUGCGGGACUGGCAUCACGGCGCCUGCCGCUGGCCCCCCGAUGCCCCCACGGACCUGCGGCGGCCCCGGCGCUCCCUGUCCUUCCUCACCGAGGACCGCACCGAGGGCAGCGUCUGCUCGAGGCUCUCCGAGGACGGCUCCGAGCUCGGGCCCCCGAGCGGCACCCGGCUGGGCGAGCCGGAGGCCGGGCUGGCUCAUGGCUGCGCUCCGCGGCCCCUCGCCUGCAGCACGCUGCUGCAUGCGGGGGGCAGCCCGGGGGGCGGCAGCUCCGAGGACGAGCCCUUCGUCAGCGCCGCCGAGACGCUGGAGCCCCCCGAGGCGGGGGGCAGCCCGGGGGCCGCGGCGCUGCCGGCCCUGCUGCAGGCUUGCAGCCUCGGGGGCUCGAGCCCCCCGGGGCCGGAGCCUCCCCGGCUCCACCACGUCACCCCCAGGACCAAGAGCCGCCUGGAGGCCUCGGCGGCCCGGCUCGGCACCGCCUCUGCCGCCUCCUCCUCCUCCUCGCUCUUCAGCGCGACGCUGGAGAUGCCCCAACGUCCCCCGCGGCACAGGGCUCCCGCCGCCCCCCCGGGGCAGCGUGGCACCCUCGAGGACGGGGACACAUCCGACCCAGACCCGGAGGACACGGGAUCUCUGGAUGCCACGGUGCUGCUGCCCGGCACCUCCGUCGGCUCCGGCGCUGCCGAGCCGCCGCAGCCCCUCUCGGACACGGUGCUGCUGCGGGAGCUGCGCCGGCUGGGCGCCGACCCGGGGCCCGUCACUGCCCUGACGCGGCCGGUCUACGCGCAGCGGCUGGCGGCGCUGAGCGCCGAGGCGGCCGGCAGCCCGACGGGCCACAGCCCCGAGCUCGCGGCGGCGCUGGAGACCUGCCGCAUCCCCGACUGCGCCGACGAGGAGCUGGCCCUGGCCCGGCAGUUCGGCCGCCCCGACGGCGGCCGGCGCUGGCGGGGGGGCACGUGCAAGUCCAGCUUCAACUACCUCCUCCUGGACCCCAGGGCCACCCGGGACCUGCCGCUCCGCUCCCCCCGCCUGAGCCCCGCCGAGCGCUUCAGGACCUUCGUGCGGGCCAUCUUCUACGUGGGCAAGGGGACGCGCGCCCGGCCCUACCGCCACCUCUGCGAGGCGCUGAGCCGUUCCCGGGCCGGGCCCACGGAGGCCUGCCCCAAGGUGCGGCGCAUCCUGGAGAUCUGGGCGAGCGGGCUGGGCGUCAUCUCGGUGCACUGCUUCCAGAGCGCCGUCCCCGCGGAGGCCUACACGCGGGAGGCCUGCCUCGUGGAGGCCAUCGGGCUGCGGAUGCUCACCAACCAGAAGAAGGGGAACUGCUACGGCGUGGCGGCGAGCUGGUCCCCGAGGCGCCGCCGGCGCCUGGGCGUCCACAUGCUGCACCGCGCCAUGCAGAUCUUCCUGGCCGAGGGGGAACGGCAGCUCCGGCCGGCGGACGUCCCGGCCGGGCGCUGAGCGCCGCCGCGGGCAGGCGCCGCUCGGGAGCUCCGAGGCGCCGGGGCUGGCGGAGGCGCCGAGCCCGCUCGCGGGCUGCUUUGCCCUGGGCCUGGGGGCUCGAGCGGCUCCGCGGUGCCUCUGCCCCCUCCGGGCGAGGCAGACGGGGAGCUGGGGCUGGGGGCGGCUCUCCCGCGCUGUCCGAGGGCCUGGGGUAGCACUGCUCCCCUCUGGCCUGCAGAUUUUAUGUCACAAAUGUUUGCUAGAGGUUUUUCUAUUUUUCUAC